UAACCAGCCCAACUCUUUCUCUUCCUUCUCCAGAUGUUUGUGGUGGACAAGGUGGAGGAUUCCAGCUGUGCUGUCCAUGAGUUCUCUAUAACUGGCUCAACCUACGCCCCUGAAGGACAAGUGUGAGUGUCCCAUAUUUUUAUUAGCUCGAAGCCAGUGCCCCUGCAGAAAUCUAAUUAGCAUAAUGCAUAAAAAAAACCAUCAAAAUCCCUCUGUUUAAACUAUCUGGUGGGGCUGCGUCUCAAUCCACCGCAUGGGCUGCGUCUCAAUCCACCGCUGUUGAUGUUGAUGAAAACCCCAUCAUUCUAUCCAAUGUGAUGCCAAAUGAUGAUAGUGUUUUAGGCCCUCGUCACUGUUCAGGGCUCGUAUCCACAAAGCAUCUCAGAGUAGGAGGCUGAUCUAGGAUCCACACACACAACGACUGCUCCCGGAGCACUGAGCUCCCACAACCAUCACACAACGACUGCUCCCGGAGCACUGAGCUCCCACAACCAUCACACAACGACUGCUCCCGGAGCACUGAGCUCCCACAACCAUCACACACACUCACUGUCAACCUCUCCAACCUACCAGCUACAUUGAAUGUUGUGAACAUACCCAGCCGUCACUAUGCCUUGAGACGUUUACGAGACAUCUUAAGAUUACUAGUUGUAACACACAGAUACAUAGACGUAGCUUGUGUGUACAGGAAGAACAGUGCAAGUACUCCAUUAUUUGUUAUGAGAGUGAAUUAUGGUGUGUGUGUGUGUGUGUGUGUGUGUGUGUUCUCUCUCCCAGGUUGAAAGGGGACAAGGUGGUGCAGUGUGGAGAUUAUGAUGGACUUCUGGAGCUGGCUACCGUGUGUUCCAUGUGCAACGACUCCUCACUGGACUACAAUGAGGUCAGUUCUGACAACACACACACACACUAUGGUCUUGUGAGACAUUAAGGGACUGUUCUGUCACCCUCUGGGCCCCUAUCCUUUCAUCCAGUUUUCCUCAGGUGGUAAAAAACCUUCGCUUUAAACAGCUGUGGCACGCACACCCACACAUACAAAUACACACGGUUAGAGCGUUGGGCAAGUAACCAAAAGCUAGUUAGAAUCCUGAGCUGACUAGGUGAAAAAUCUGCCGAUCUGCCCUUGAACAAGGCACUUAACCCUAAUUACUACAGGGUCGGGGGGGGGGGGUUGGGGGAUAUGCAAAAAAAAAAACAUUUCCAAUUCACACCACACACUAUAUAAUCAUCCCCUAUUUGCACACACACACACACACACACACACACACACACACUGAACUGAGCCGUAAGUGUGGUUGAGACAUGACUACACAUCUGUUGCUGCUUUCUCCUAGGUUUGACUGAUGUCAUCAUUAAUGUGGAGUUGGACUAACAAAUGAGUGUGGUUGCUAAGCAAAGCAGACUCCUCUCUUAGAGACCGGGCUUUGUGCCGGUAAGACAAGCUGGGAAACGUCUUCAUGGACUUAGCGAUGUAUACAAAUGACCUACUACAUUGCCCUGAAUGCAUGAAUCAUGACCAAGGCACAUGCACACACGCAAACAAACAAACAAACAAACAAACAAACAAGAGUCUUCUACAAUAGCCAAUCUAAUUUUACUGUUAUGUGUGAUUCUGUUCCUCUAGUCUCAGAUUGUUUUCUCACCUCUCAGUCAUCACCAUGGUGCCAUGGUAACCAUGCUGCGUGUAAAGGGAAGCUGAAGACAUGGCAGUCUAAUUGCAAGAUAUUCAAACACUGACAAGAUUCCCAGUAUAACGGAAUUAGUAUGUAAUGCCAUUUUUUGUGAAAGUUAACCAGCAGAAUGUAAAUGGCUUAUCCCAACUAGACAUAAUGGAGGGAUGGAGGAAAGUCAUUUAGGGGGAUGGAGGUGGAGGUAGGAGGAGAGAGGGCAGCUGUGUGGAGAGGGAGAGGGGUGGAGGAGCCUGGAGGGUUGUUGACCAUGGUGUGGUUCAGCUGGUCAGACAGACGGACAGUGUGGGCAGAGCUGUACCCUAUGAAAACCUAGGUGGUUACCAUUCUCACAUCAUAAUAAUAUAUCACUGUCCUGGCUCUCUCUCGCUCCCUGAAUGACGGUGUGUUUCAAUGCUUUUGACUCUUACCCCUCCUGUCUCCCGUCCCAGGCCAAAGGAGUGUAUGAGAAGGUGGGCGAGGCGACAGAAACGGCCCUCACUACACUGGUGGAGAAGAUGAACGUGUUCAAGACUGACACGUCAGGCCUCAGCAAGGUGGAGCGCGCCGGAGCCUGCAACUCAGUAAGCAGCUAGGGGAAACACUGGGGGGAGGUAGGGAGGGAGUUGUGGAUGGAAUGUAUACAGCACUACUAUUCAUACAUGUUGUGUGUUAUUAGGCAUAAUACAUACUGCUCGCAUAUUCAGAUACGGUAUUUAAUUAUGCAUCUAAUAUGUUGUCUUGAAUAAAGUGAUUAAACAACUGAAUUUGGACAACAAGUUUGAAGAAGGUAUGGUAAUGGUAGCUGGUACAACCUCCACCUAGAUUACCUCAGCCUCUGUGGUAUGAUAUACUCCUAUUGUCCCUGAGGGGAAAUUUGACUUGGACAAUCGAGUGCUGCUGCUUCCACAUAGAUACAUCAAUACAUAGAAUCGAUUUGAAGUUUCUCACACAGAACGGAUUAUGUAAUGAAACCAUUGAUUGCUCCAUCAGUUGCCCAAAUUGGAUUGGUAAAUGGCCGGCCUGCACCUUAUUGGUUAGAGGGAUCCCUCACAGAGAGUAGAGACGUGUUCUAGAAGCUUCGCAUGGAAAAACUGACCUCACUGCUUUGUGGUCAAUGCCCAGUGAUGGACUCUCAGAGCUUCCGUCUGUGUGAAUAAUGGCUUUCCUGCUCUGAGUCUGUCAAUGAGAAGUGGUACGUCUUCCCUACUCUCGGUCUUUGUGCAUAACCAAUGACACUGUGACAGGAAGCCGCGAGAGAGAGACUAACUCCCUGUGCUCUUUUCAAUGACCAGCGGUUCCAAGUUUUUCCACGGAACAGUCCCACGAUGAGAAAAAAAUACUAUCACUGUCACAAGUCUUGUCCUUGGAGGCUAGAGAUGAUAAUAUUUAGACAAGCCGGUGGGUUUAUGAAGAGGUUAGCUAAACUUUCCAGCCCUCUGUUAGGGCUUUCAACAGAAAAAAGGAAGAUGUUGUUUCCUACUAAUGCAUUAGACCGACUUGAACUCACGUUCCUCGACUUUUGUUUUAUGAUGGGAGGAAGAGGAAUUUUGGUUCAGUGGCUGUCUUUCUGUGAGGACAUCUGUCAAGUGUCUAAGGCCCCUGGCAUCGUGUCUCCACGUCAUAGCUGUCUGAGCUGGGAGGGGAGGAGAGGAGAAGGGAGGGAGGCUGGGGGGGGGGGGGAGGCUGGGGGGAAGGGAUGAUGGGAGGGAGGGGAGAGAUGGUAGUGAUGAAGAGGGAGGGAGGCUGGUAGUGGGAGAGGAGAAGGUAGUGGGAGAGGAGAAGGUUGGGGGAGGGAUGGGGGGGAGAAGGUAGGGGUGGGGGGGUGGGAGGGAGGGAGGGAGAGGAGAAGGUUGGGAGGGAGGGGGGGUUGGGAGAGGAGAGGAGAAGUUGGGUGGGAGAGGAGAAGGUUGGGAGUGGGUGGUUGGUGGGGGUGGGGGAGGGAGGGAUGGGGAGGGGAGGGGAGGGAGGGAGGGAGGGAGGGAGGGAGGGAGGGUUGGGUUGGGUUGGGUUGGGUGGGAGGGAGGGAGGGAGGGAGUGGGGGGGAGAAAGGUGGUAGAGCGAUAGAGAUGCUGGGAGGGAAGCAGUGGGUGAUAGUGUUCCGACCUGACUACCAGCCUGAGAACUCCCUGAGCUGUGUAACUGGAGCUAGAGUGACCCCUACUGAUACAAAUGCUCCAUCAGAAUCCACUCUACUAUACCCAGCCAUUAACCAUCCUUUAGAUGGUUGGUAUAUUCUUAUGUAUUUAUAGCAGUGUUUUUAUUUGGCAGAUUUUGAAGGGUGUGAAAGCAGGGCUGUAUACAUCCCCUGGUAACCAUACACGUCACUACAAGCUUAAAGUUGAGUUGCUAAGGGUGUGUUUACACAGGGAGCCCAAUUCUGAUAUGUUUUUUUAAAAAACUAAUUGGUCUUUUGACCAAUCAGAUCCGCUCUUUUGCCUAUAAUUGGGCAACCUUUGAAAACUCGAAAACUCUAAAAUUGGUCUACCUUUGUAAAGCCUGUCAGUGCCUUUACCUCUGUACCACCUGUUGUCACUGGAGCUUCACAGACAGAGGGUCCUUUCUAGCCCACAUUGAUUCUGGAAGUUCAUAUAUACACACUUGCCCAAUUGUCUGUCUGUUGCCUUUGGCUGACUGUCCAGACAGGAUGUUAGAGCACCAUCAGUGUUUUCACUACGAACCAACCGGAAGCAGACAGAACGAAACAGGGAAGGACCUACCUUAAUUUGUCCAAUAGAAACUCUUUUUCGUUUUCGUUGCAAAUGGUUUUCCAUUGUGAGGCGGUUAGCUACAGUGUAGAAUAAUGAUUACACCCCAGGUGUCAACAACACAGCUAAACCUCCCAGUCCUAGUCCCCCACCUGGUCUGAUAGAGAGAGAACCCUCCCUCCAUCACAACAACACAGCUAAACCUCCCAGUCCUAGGUCUGAUAGAGAGAGAACCCUCCCUCCAUCACAACAACACAGCUAAACCUCCCAGUCCUUGUCACCCACCUGGGCUGAUAGAGAGAGAACCCUCCCUCCAUUACAACAACACAGCUAAACCUCCUUGUCCAGAGGAGACAGGGUGUUGGUGUCUCAUCCAUCACGGUUGAGUUCAGUUGGCGUCAUUGUUUGCUACGUUGCGUGAUGCUCUGUACUGAACGACACGUUUCCCCAAAACGGUGCACACCGUUCUUCAACAGCCUUUGCGGUACAUUUUGCUCCUGGUUGGUAGGUGUGGCGAGGUGUAGUCUGAUCAAUAUGGGACCAGUAACUGCGCUCUGGGCCACCAUAAUCAAGCUUUUCAACUGGUCGUUCAGUACAGUACCGUUUCCGUUAAAUUCAACGUUGCACACCGUUCUGCCAUACUGAACGCAACUCGUGUCUGCAGCCCAGCCAAGACUCCCGCCCCCGGCCAUCACCCACCUGCUCUUAUUGAGCCCAGCCAUUAGGUGUCAGCAACCCAGCCAGAGAAGCAUCCCACUCUGUCUCCCACCUGGCCCAUAAGAGCCCCCUCGAUCACAACAGCAGCACAGCCAAGCCAGAGUCAAGCCCCCCAGUCCUCCACAGCUGCCCACUAACAUGCCUGUCUGGAAUAAACAUCUUGGGCACCGGCAUCUGCCUCUCUCUCUCCAUCUGCCUCCAUCUUUCUCCAUCUGCCUUUCCUCUCUCCGCUCCAUCUGCCUCCCAUCUCUCUCACAUGCCAUCCCUCUCCUCUCAUCUCUCCCUCUCUCUCCUUCUCCAUCUCCUCUCCACCUCUCUCUCCUCCCUACCUCUUCCAUUCUCUCUAAUCUGCAUUUAUCUCUCUACCAUCUGCCCUCUCUUUCCUCUCUCUCCAUCUGCACUCUCUCUCUCUCACUCAUCAUGGCUCAUCUCUCUCCUCUGCCUCUCUACCCCAUCGCCUCUCCUCUCUCUCUCUUCUCUCUCUCUCCAUCUGCUCUCUCUCUCUCUCAUCUGCCCUCCUCUGCUCUGCUCUCUCUCCCAUGCUGCUCUCUCUCUCUCUCCUCUCUCUCCUCUUUUCAUCUGCCUCUCUCUCUCUCCUCCAUUCUCUCUCUCUCUCCUCUUCCUCUAUCUCUUCUCAUCCAUCUGCUCUCUCUCUCGUCUCGCCUCUCUCUCUCCACUCUCUCUCCAUUGUCUCUGCAUUCCUCGCUCUCUCUCUUCUCUCUAUCUAUUCGUCUCGCUCUCUCUCUCUCCAUCUGCCUCUCUCUCGCCACGCUCUCAUCUCUCUUGUGCCAUCUGCCUCUCACUCUCUCCAUCUGCCUCUCUCUCUCCAUCUGCCUCUAUCUCUUGUGCCAUCUGCCUCUCUCUCUCUCUCUCUUGCCAUCUGCCUCUUUCUCUCUGCCUCUUACUCCAUCUGCCUCUUUCUCUCUCCAUCUGCCUCUCUCUUUCUCUCUCCAACAGGUGAUCAGACAGCUGAUGAAGAAAGAGUUCACUCUGGAGUUCUCUCGCGACCGCAAGUCCAUGUCGGUGUACUGUACCCCCACCAGCAAACCAGGCUCUGGGAGCAAGAUGUUCAUCAAGGUACACGCAGACAGACAGACAGACAGACAGACAGACACCUCAAUCAACAGAUCUUUCACAUGCUGUAAUACUAUAGAGGCAGACUCUAUGCAUUUUCCCUACAAACCAGAGUGAGAGAGGAGCUUGGAUGUCCAGGAUGGUACAUUGGGGACCCCUCUACUAACCCCCCCCCCCCCCCAAGAAAAAAAAAAAACAAAAGAAAGAUCCCUCCCUUCCAACCAUAUAUAUAUAUAUAUUCACGCACAACCCCUACCACUCCCACAGGGUGCCCCAGAGAGUGUGAUGGAGCGUUGCCAGUACCUGCGUGUUGGCACAGGGAAGGUGCCACUGACCAUGCCGCUGAAAGAGCAGCUGACCUCACUGAUCAGGGACUGGGGCACGGGCAGGGACACGCUGAGAUGCCUGGGCAUGGCCACACGGGACUCGCCACCUAAACAACAGGACAUGGAUCUGGAGAACUCCACCAAGUUCGAUGAGUACGAGGUCAGUCCGAGACGAACAAGAAGCUGAGUGAAUGUCAGACUCAUGGGCAGACUAGGAGAUUACCUAGUUCACGCUGGAAAACGCAUCCACAUGAAUCAGAUCUAAGAAUGCUACAUCCUAGUGUAUUAAUGGUAUACGGUUGCUGGUGAGUCAUCUAUCAUACAAUCUUGGUACAUCCAGGUUGUAUUUCAAUCGUCAAGCUGAAGGGUGAGAAGGAGAGAGAGGAGUGAAGGGAAGAAGACGGGAUAGACAGAAAAGGAAGAUAGAGCAGAGAGAUGAGAGGAGAACGAGAGAGAGAAGAGAGAGAAGGAGCGAAGACAGGAGAAAGAGCAAGAUAAAGGAGAGAGAGAAGAAGAGAAGAGAAGAGCACAGUAGAGAGAAGGAAGACAGAGAGGCGACGAAGAAAGGAGAGUACGCAGAGCGAAGAAAAGAGAGAGAAGAAGAGAGAGGAAGAGAAGAGAGAGAGAAGAGCGAGAGAGAAGAGACGGAGGAAGAAGAGAGAGUAAGAGAGAAGAAGAAAGCGAGAGAGAAGACAGAAGAGAGAGAGAGACGAAGGAGAGAGAGAAGAGAGCAGAAGCAGCGAGAAGAAGAAGAGAAGAAGAGAGAGAGCAGCGAAGAGAGAAUCCUCUCUCAUCCUCUCUCUCUCUCCUCCUCUCUCUCUCUACUCCUCUCUCUCUCCUCGUCUCUCUCCUCGUCUCUCUCCUCCCCUCCCUCUCUCCUCGUCCUCCCCUCCCUCUCUCCAGACGGGCCUAACGUUUGUUGGCUGUGUGGGCAUGCUGGACCCGCCCAGGAAGGAGGUGAUUGGUUCCAUCCAGCUGUGCGCCGAGGCGGGCAUCCGUGUCAUCAUGAUCACCGGGGACAACAAGGGCACGGCCGUGGCCAUCUGCCGACGCAUCGGUAUCUUCGGCGAGGAUGAGGAUGUGAUGGGCAAGGCCUACACAGGCCGGGAGUUUGACGACCUGCCCAUAGUGUCCCAGAGAGACGCUGUGAAGCGGGCACGGUGCUUUGCCCGCGUGGAGCCUGCCCACAAGUCCAAGAUCGUGGGCUACCUGCAGUCGUUUGAUGAGAUCACUGCCAUGGUGAAGAGAGGGUUCACACAGCUCCUCCCCCUUUUUUGAGUCCUUUAACUGCAUGGCUGUGGGAGCUCAGUGCCUCAUUUCAUUAGAAUCAGUAUAAUCCUGACUUGAUCUAGAUUAAUAUUGACCUUAUUUGAAAUUAAUAAAUGAAUCCAUAGAUACGCUGUAUGUUAGAUCAAAUUCUUUGGAUAAGUCACUUAUGGGCCAAUCUAUUCUGACUUGAGUUCUGUGAAGGGUCAAGUUUUCCCAUCUUAUGUCUGUAUAACACCCUAUUAACCUAUAAGAGUCUAACCCUAUUAACCUAUAAGAGUCUAACCCUAUUAACCUAUAAGAGUCUAACCCUAUUAACCUAUAAGAGUCUAACCCUAUUAACCUAUAAGAGUCUAACCCUAUUAAAUAAAUAAAGAAUGAAAUAUUCCUCCUUCUCUCCACAGACUGGUGAUGGAGUGAACGACGCACCAGCCCUGAAGAAGGCAGAGAUUGGCAUUGCCAUGGGCUCGGGCACAGCUGUGGCUAAGUCAGCAUCUGAGAUGGUUCUGUCUGAUGACAACUUCUCUACCAUCGUGGCGGCUGUGGAGGAGGGCAGAGCCAUCUACAACAACAUGAAACAGUUCAUACGAUACCUCAUCUCCUCCAACGUGGGAGAGGUCGUCUGGUAACCACAAAUGCACACACACACACACACACACACACAGCAUAUGUUUUACUAUCCUUGUGGGGACCUAAAAUUGAUUUCCAUUCAAAAUCAUAUUUUUUCCUAACCCCUAACAUUUACCUCUAACCCUAAUUGUAACCCUAAACUUAACCCCUAAAAUAGCCUUUGUCCUUGUGGGGACCUGGGAAAUGUCCCCAUGAGGCAGAAAUAUCCUUGUGGGGACUUUGGGGGAUUUCCACGACGAUAGUAAAUCGAGCACACCACAUCAGAUAGACACCCACACAUGUUUUCCUAUGGCCAGUCUCCUAACCAGAGUUUUCAGGAAUGCUGACUCUUGUCUUUAUGUAUUUCUGAUAUUUUUUCCCUCGCUGUCUGAAGCAUCUUCUUGACCGCCAUCUUGGGUCUACCUGAGGCUCUGAUCCCGGUCCAGUUGCUGUGGGUCAACCUGGUGACAGAUGGUCUCCCUGCGACUGCCCUGGGCUUCAACCCCCCAGACCUGGACAUCAUGGACAAGCCCCCCCGCAACCCCAAGGAGCCCCUCAUCUCUGGGUGGCUGUUCUUCAGAUACCUGGCCAUCGGAGGUGAGACACCGUCUGGUCCACUGGACACUGGUUAGAAAACAACAGGAGUUACCCAUCGGCAGCUCCUUCAGACUCAUCUUUGUAUCCGUAAUGUAUUUCAUGCUAGCUACUUAAAGAUGAUCCUUUACAUUGGGGAUUAAAUCAUGAUUGACUUGGAUCUCACUGUUGCUGGGUCUCUGACUGACUGUCUGUCUGACUGUCUAACUCUGUCUGUGUGUUCCUGCAGGGUAUGUUGGUCUGGGCACGGUGGGUGCUGCCACCUGGUGGUACCUGUUUGAUGAUGAAGGCCCACAGGUGUCCUUCUAUCAGCUGGUAAGUGGAGACAAACACACCUUUACAAAGACUUCAUUAGGGCCUUAUUCAUAAGACACCAAGUGGAAGAAAACACACUGAAACGGGAGAGGGACUGUCCAAUAAGAAACGCUUGUUUGUUUUUUUUCCCCCCUGUUGCAAAAUGUUUUGCUACAGUGUGUCCUAAUGAGUAAGACCUAGUAUUGAAUAUGUCUUAGGAUCCCCAUUACCUGCUGCCAAGGCAGCAGCUACUCUUCCUAGGCUCCAAACAGGGUUAAAACAAUUACAUCACAACAAAACAACAGCCUACAUUUAACAAAUAUAAUAAACAAAAACAUGAUUAAAAAGUCAUUAUUACAUUAUAACUUGAUUACAAAUUAACAAUCUAAAAUGUACAAUGCUACAUUAUUACAAUGUGUUUGUGUGUAGAGUGAGUGUGUUUGUGUGUACGUCUCUUCACGGUCCGCGUUGUGCCGUGAGGUGUUUUUAUCAAUUCGUUUUUAAUCUGAUUUUACUGCUAGCUUGAGUUACUUGAUGUGGAAGAGUUCCAUGUAGUCAUGGCUCUAUACUAUAAUAUAAUAAUAAUAAUAUGCCAUUUAGCAGACGCUUUUAUCCAAAGCGACUUACAGUCAUGUGCGCAUACCUUUUUACGUAUGGGUGGUCCCGGGGAUCGAACCCACUACCCUGGCAUUACAAGCGCCGUGCUCUACCAGCUGAGCUACAGAGGACCACUCUAUGUAGUACUGUGCAGUCAACCCUUUAUCUCUGCUGCUCCUAGAAAUGUUGUUCUGGUGAAAACAGUCACUUUCCAAUCACCUCGUGUUUGUCUGUGUUUUCAGACCAUAGUGCUUUAUCACGUAGGACUGAUCUUGACUGGAUUUGGCUGUUCUUAUGUUCAGCCCCCCGGUUACCCCAUCAGCUGUUUGCCAUGACGACGAUCUCUCUGGGGUCAUACAAACAGAGAAAUAGAAUUGGAGGAGAACAAGACCCGUGGUCUGAGGGAAGGAAGAGAAAGGUCAGAGAAACAGGAGGAACAGGGGAGGAGAAGUUAGAGUCCAAGGGUCCCCAGAAAGAGAAAUGUCAGAGAAGGAAAGGGGGAACAGAGGAGGAGGAGAGGAACUGAGUCAAGCUGCUGUGGGGUCAGAUCUGAUCUGGGACCCAUCAUAGCAUGUCUCAGGGGGUUAGGCCACUUCCUGUGGACACAACACACACACACACACACACACAUUGUGCUCCGAUUGUUCUGGUCAUUGACUUGUGGGAAGUCAGUCAAGCUUUGGAAUAAUACUCCAAUAUACAAUUAAUGUAUCUACAGUGCAUUCGGAAGGUUUUCAGACCCCUUGACAUUUUCCACAUUUUGUUAACUUAAAGCCUUAUUCUAAAAUUGAUUAAAUUGUUGUUUUUCCUCAUCAAUCUACACACAAUACCCCAAAAACAGGUUUUUAGAAAUUUUAUCAAAUUUAUAUUUAAAAAAAAACUGAUAUCACAAGUAUUCAGACCCUUUACUCAGUACUUAAAUAAUAAUUGUUGUUGUAUUUUUACACCUUUUUCUCCCCAAUUUCGUGAUAUCCAAUUGGUAGUUAGUCUUGUCCCAUCGCUGCAACUCCCCUACGGACUCGGGAGAGGCGAAGGUCGAGAGCCAUGCGUCCCCCGAAACACGACCCUGCCAAGCCACACUGCUUCUUGACACACUGCUCGCUUAACCCGGAAGCCAGCCGCAUCAAUGUGUCAGAGGAAACACGGUCCAGCUGGCGACGAGUCAGCUUGCAGGCGCCCGGCCCGCCACAAGGAGUCGCUAGAGCGCGAUGGGACAAGGAAAUCCCCACCGGCCAAAUCCUCUCCUAACACGGACGACGCUGGGCCAAAUGUGCGCCGCCUCAUGGGUCUCCCGGUCACGGCCGGCUGUGACACAGCCUGGGAUCGAACCCGGGACUGUAGGGACGCCUCAAGCACUGCGAUGCAGUGCAUUAGACCGCUGCAACACUCGGAAGGCCCUACUCAGUACUUUGUUGAAGCACCUUUAGCAGCGAUUACAGCCUCCAGUCUUCUUGGGUAUGAUGCUACAAGCUUGGCACACCUGUAUGUGGGGAGUUUAUCCCAUUCUUCUCUGCAGAUCCUCUCAAGCUCUGUCAGGUUGGAUGGGGAGCGUCUCUGCACAGCUAUAUUCAGGUCUCUCCAGGGAUGUUUGAUCGGGUUCACGUCCGGGUCUGACUGGGUCACUCAAGGACAUUCAGAGACUUGUCCCGAAGCCACUCCUGUGUUAUCUUGGCUGUGUGCUUAGGGUCUUUGUCCUGUUGGAAGGUGAACCUUCGCCCCAGUCUGAGGUCCUGAGCGCUCUGGAGCAGGUUUUCAUCAAGGAUCUCUCUGUACUUUGCUCCGUUCAUCUUCCUCUUGAGCCUAACUAGUCUCCCAGUCCCAGUCCCAGUCCCUGCCACUGAAAACCAUCCCCACAGCAUGAUGCUGCCACCACCAUGAUUCACUGUAGAGAUGGUGCCAGGUUUCCUCCAGGCGUGACGCUUGGCAUUCAAGCCAAAGAGUUCAAUCUUGGUUUCAUCAGACCAGAGAAUCUUGUUUCUCAUGGUCUGAGAGUCCUUUAGGUGCCUUUUGGCAAACGCCAAGCGGCUGUCAUGUGCCUUUUACUGAGGAGUGGCUUCCAUCUGGCCACUCUAUCAUAAAGGCCUGAUUGGUGGAGUGCUGCAUAGAUGGUUGUCCUUUUGGAAGGUUCUCCCAUCUCCACUAAGGAACUCUGGAGCUCAUUCAGAGUGACCAUCGGGUUCUCGGUCACCUCCCUGACCAAGGCCCUUCUCCCCCGAUUGCUCAGUUUGGCCAGGCGGCCAGCUCUAGGAAGAGUCUUGGUGGUUCCAAACUUCUUCCGUUUAAGAAUGAUGGAGGCCACUGUGUUCUUGGGGACCUUCAAUGCUGCAGAUAUGUUUUGGUACCCUUCCCCAGACCUGUGCCUCGACACAAUCCUGUCUCGCAGCUCUACGGACAAUUCCUUCGACCUCAUGGCUUGGUUUUUGCUCUGACAUGCACUGUCAACUGUGGGACCUUAUAUAGACAGAUGUAUGCCGUUCCAAAUCAUGUCCAAUCAAUUGCAUUUACCAUAGGUGGACUCCAAUCCAGUUGUAGAAACAUCUCAAGGAUGAUCAAUGGAAACAGGAUGCACCUGUGCUACAUUUUGAGUGUCAUAGCAAAGGGUCUGAAUACUUAUGUAAAUAAGGUAUUUUAAAAAAUUGUAAUAUAUUUGCAAAAAUUUCUAAAAACCUGUUUUCGCUUUGUCAUUAUGGGGUAUUGUGUGUAUUUUGAUGAGGGAAAAAAAUAAUUUAAUAAAUUUUAGAAUAAGGCUGUAACGUAACAAAAUGUGGAAAAAUCAAGGGGUCUGAAUACUUUCCGAAUGCACUGUAAAUACAGUGGGGAGAACAAGUAUUUGAUACACUGCCGAUUUUGCAGGUUUUCCUACUUACAAAGCAUGUAGAGGUCUGUAAUUUUUAUCAUAGGAACACUUCAACUGUGAGAGAUGGAAUCUCAAACAAAAAUCCAGAAAAUCACAUUGUAUGAUUUUUAAGUAAUUAAUUUGCAUUUUAUGGCAUGACAUAAGUAGUUGAUACAUCAGAAAAGCAGAACUUAAUAUGUUCUUAGGGUUGUACUUAUCGUUCUUCUUCCUCCAAACACGGCGAGUGGAGUUUAGACCAAAAAGCUACAUUUUUGUCUCAUCAGACCACAUUACCUUCUCCCAUUCCUCCUCUGGAUCAUCCAGAUGGUCAUUGGCAAACUUCAGACGGGCCUGGACAUGCGCUGGCUUGAGCAGGGGGACCUUGCGUGCGCUGCAGGAUUUUAAUCCAUGACGGCGUAGUGUGUUACUAAUGGUUUUCUUUGAGACUGUGGUCCCAGCUCUCUUCAGGUCAUUGACCAGGUCCUGCCGUGUAGUUCUGGGCUGAUCCCUCACCUUCCUCAUGAUCAUUGAUGCCCCACGAGGUGGGAUCUUGCAUGGAGCCCCAGACCGAGGGUGAUUGACCUUCAUCUUGAACUUCUUCCAUUUUCUAAUAAUUGCGCCAACAGUUGUUGCCUUCUCACCAAGCUGCUUGCCUAUUGUCCUGUAGCCCAUCCCAGCCUUGUGCAGGUCUACAAUUUUAUCCCUGAUGUCCUUACAUAGCUCUCUGAUCUUGGCCAUUGUGGAGAGGUUGGAGUCUGUUUGAUUGAGUGUGUGGACAGGUGUCUUUUAUACAGGUAAAGAGUUCAAACAGGUGCAGUUAAUAUAGGUAAUGAGUGGAGAACAGGAGGGCUUCUUAUAGAAAAACUAACAGGUCUGUGAGAGCUGGAAUUCUUACUGGUUGGUAGGUGAUCAAAUACUUAUGUCAUGCCAUAAAAUGCAAAUGAAUUACUUAAAAAUCGUACAAUGUGAUUUUCCAGAUUUUUGUUUUAGAGUCCGUCUCUCGCAGUUGAAGUGUGCCUAUGAUAAAAAUUACAGACCUCUACAUGCUUUGUAAGUAGGAAAACCUGCAAAAUCGGCAGUGUAUCAAAUACUUGUUCUCCCCACUGUAGAAUUUAAGAGAAUGAAGUUCAAUGGUGCAGCACGAAGCCCGUUCCACUUCCUGUAUGUUUCUGUUGUCUAUAUGCUCACCCCUGUCCUCUCUGCUCACAGAGACACUUCAUGCAGUGCUCGGAGGACAACCCCAUGUUCCAGGGCAUCGACUGUGAGGUGUUUGAGUCCCGCUACCCCACCACCAUGGCCCUCUCCGUGCUGGUGACCAUAGAGAUGUUCAACUCCCUCAACAGGUCAGUCAGCAGCCUCUCCUACUUAGAACGGGAACAUAGAAUAUAUGAUUAAAUAUGUACAUAUCUGGUGGUCCUCUCUAGCUCAUGGCGCUUGCAACCGCAGGAUAGUGGGUUCGAUUCCCGUGACCAUCCCGUACGUAAAAUGUAUGCACGCAUGACUAAGUCACUUUGAAUAAAAGCUAAAUGGCAAAUAUUAUUUCUUAUAUUAACUGUACAACAAGCAUACAACCAUCUCCCACUGGCACUGAUGCACCGUCGUAAAGGGUUACCUGGCCAUAUAUGGCUUUUUAUAAGUACAGCUUAUUAUAUUUGCUUAAAGAUAGCGUAGCCUACAGUCACAUCCGUGUUACUGUGGAUACAACUGUUUUCCCACCAUUUCCCAAGUGUCAGCAUGUUAUUUCUGGGUAGUUGGAAGGCAUCAGGCCUAGUUCCACGUCUCGUACAUGGAGAGAUGUCAUCAUGUUGUUUUGUGAUGGAGGGAGAGAGGGAAAAAUCUGACUCUCUCUGCCAGGGUUUCCCAUGGAGUAACCCUGUCAUAAGCUCCCCACAAAACCAUAGGCCUAACAUCUUUCUCUCUCUCAUAAAUAGGAAACAUUUCUUUGGGAAGGGAAUAUUAUUAUUAAUAGUACUAGGGUUGGUUUGGCAAGUAAUAAAGUAAAUUGUGGUUCAUUUCCCCAAAGCCAAACGAGACACAGUAAAAUUGACAGAUGGACCACAUUUAAGUUUACGUUAGCUCGGGAAGGCUGUUGUUUUCAUUUAGUCAGAACUCCAUCCAUAUGAUGUAAGAAUAUGACCACAUUAACAGGUGAGGAAAUAACACUUCCAUGGAAGACAUUUGGGUACAUUACAGAAUAACUAUUUAUCUUCGUGUUAAAAGAUGAUUCAAGUGGAAUAUAUUAAGCAGUCAGUCGAUUCAUGUUUUGCUCCUGCACUAACUACAGUAAUAUAUCAUCACUAUUUGCGAUUUAGCAGAUGCUUUUAUCCAAAGUGACUUACAGUCAUGCGUGCAUAAAUGUUUACGUCUUGGUGGUCCCGGGAAUCGAACCUACAAUCCUGGCGUUGCAACCUCCCGAGUGGCGCAAUGGUCUAAGGCACUGCAUCGCAGUGCUAGCUGUGCCACUAGAGAUCCUGCUUCGAAUCCAGGCUCUGUCGUAGCCGGCCGCGACCGGGAGACCCAUGGGGGCGGCGCACAAUUGGCCCAGCGUCGUCCAGGCUAGGGGAGGGGAAUGGCCGGCAGGGAUGUAGCUCAAUUGGUAGAGCAUGGCGUUUGCAACGCCAGGGUUGUGGGUUCGAUUCCCACGGGGGGCCAGUAGGAAAAAAAUUAAAUAAUACAAAAAUAAUACAAAAAAUAAUACAAUAAUGUAUGCACUCACUUAACUGUAAGUCGCUCUGGAUAAGAGCGUCUGCUAAAUGACGUAAAUGUCAAUGUAAGUGCCAUGCUCUACCAACUGACACAUACAGGACCACUACAUCAGACCUGGUACAUCUGUAAUCUCUGUCCUGUAGACCAUGUUUUGCUGCCCAGGUCUGGGGCCAGUAGUUGUUUUGGAUAUUAAGACAGUGUUCUGAUGUGGCCGCUCCUCCUCUGGCCCCUAGUCUGUCAGAGAACCAGUCCUUGAUCAGGAUGCCUCCGUGGGUCAACUUCUGGCUGCUGGGAGCCAUCGUCCUCUCCAUGUCCCUCCACUUCCUCAUCCUGUAUGUUGAGCCCCUGCCUGUGAGUACAUAUACAGUCUCUGUCCAUUUGGCUGGCUGUCUCUGUCUGUCAGCAAGAGUAUGGUUUAUAGUCUCUCUCUCUCUCUAUCUAUCUAUCUAUCCAUCUAUCCAUCUAUCCAUCUAUCCAUCUAUCUAUCUAUCUAAUCUAAUCUAAUCUAAUCUAAUCUGGCAGCAAGAGUAUGGUUUAUAGUGUCUCUCUCUCUCUCUCCCCCGUCUCUCUCUCUCUCUCUAUCUCUAUCUCUAUCUAGCUGAUCUUCCAAGUGACCCCUCUGACCUGGUGCCAGUGGAUCGUGGUCCUAAAGAUCUCCAUCCCUGUCAUCCUAUUGGACGAGCUCCUCAAGUACAUCUCCCGCAACCACUUAGACGGUACGACUCACUGUUUCUAAAAUUAGCUUCCUGUAGAAAAAAGGGCAUGUGAUUGUGUUUGUUUUCCAUAGAGAUAUGUAACUGGCUUUGGUGAGACAACAGAGUUAAGGAUAGCUUGUCUUCUUACUGGAUAAAAGUUACAGUUUCUCCUUUUUCUGCUUUCCUUAUUCAGCCUAAACUCUCUCCUCUCUCCUUCUAGAAAAGGUACUAUUUUUAUUGUAUUAAUUACUUUGUUUCGUUCUCCUCCCCUCUCCCCUCUCCCCUCUCUCCUCUCCCCUCUCUCAUCUGCUUCCUCCUUGCACCUCUCUGAACCUGCAUAUUUAGCUAAAACCUGCUAGGUUUUGGACUUAGCUAUUUUUUUAGUUUACUUACAUUUAGUUUUUAUGGCUCAGGGUUAAGCCCUAUGCAUGGACACAUCCAUGUAGACGUUCAUGUGGUUUUUAUUACUGAUAAAAAUUUGUUUUUUUCCUCCCCAACAGACAACGACGACAAGAAGUACAGGAACAGGCAGCUAAAAUAUUAAGACCCCCCCCACACCACACACACACACACACAAAAUAAUGCAUGCCCAAUUUCACGUAGGCCCAGGAAAGUGAGACGAAAACGACAAAACACAUCCAGGACUUUAAAACUUUCCGCUCAUCGCUUUUGACUCUGUACAUUAACAUAGUGGUGCAAUAAGUGGACCGUGGGGAGAGAGAUAGGUAGGAGGAGGAGAGGGGUCAGUCAGCUGAGGGAUUGGGGUGUGUCUACGGGGAUAGAGAGAAGGAACAGGGGGGGGGGGCAUAACCUGGAGGCUACAGACAGACUUGAUGGUACCAACAACAGACGGAGAGACUGGCAUGCUAACUGGAGGAGAAGAUACCACCAACGGGCAGCUAGAGGAACCACACUGCUUGGCCUGAGGUGUCUGCCCACCCCCCAGGCCAGAUGUCUGUGGCAGACUGUUCUAGGCGUACCCAGUACUCAUGUGUCCAUCCCACCACAUAGGAACCCUUUUGUCUGCCAAGGCUUCUUGUCAUUCAGAUCCACACUAUUGGCAAAGUGAUCUGGGCUGCUCUGUCAGGAUCGUGGUAGUGGCCGUCAGACGACUCUCCUCUAACUGAAUCACCACAUUCCUCUCUACCUCCUUUUUCCUCCCCUCUCUCUUUCUCUCCACCUCUGUUUGCUGUAUAUUGAGCUGAUUUCUGCAGUUUGGCUCUGAUUUGUCCUUAUAUCUCUCUCUCUCUGUUGAAGAGAUAGGCAGCGUUGGGCCUGAGUUGUGAUUCAUCCAGCCUUGGGCGGUGUGGUGUGGUGUGGUGUGGUGUGGUGUGGUGUAGUGUAGUGUAGUGUAGGCUUCUAUCUCCUGAAUGUGUGAAUAGCUUUCUGCUGCUUGGCUGCUACUGGGGGAGGCGGGGUCAGCCCACAGACAUACCAACCGAGAUGAAAUGUGAAAUGUUGACUCCACCCACUUUGAGUUUAAACCCACUCUGCUCAGACUAUUCUGACAAGCCUCUCACAGUGUUGAAACUGGAGCUGGUCAAUAAUUACACACCCCUCUCCCUCCUCCCAUGUCCAUUCCAGAAUAACUCUGUUCCUUAAUCACAGCUGUAGAUACAGAGUACUACUCAUACAGAGGAAAUGCACAAAAUAUACUUCUGCUUUGGAAAGGAUGCUUGGGCAGGAGCGUGAGGAGGAGAAUGAACAAGCAAGGCAGCUGAAUUGGCCAGCCUUCAGUAGAGAUAUAUCAGAGACCUUUGUCUCCCACUCAUAAGAACAUGAACACGUCAUAUCAAGACUCUAACACUCCCAACAUGCUGUACUUCCCACUUGGACCUAGUAAGGUCAGAUAAUGAAUGUAUUUUUCCCCCCCUACCCCUCUACUUCCAGGUCAUACCACCCCCGUUAA